UCUGCCGCUCACCGUACGCCGGCCUUGGAUCCAUUUGCUUCCUUCUUUAAUUUGUUCUUCUCUCCCUUAUGCUACCUUCUUCUUCUUUCUCGCCGACUUCUUUCUUUCCUAGUUCUUUGAUUCUUUGAUUUCCUCCUGCUUCUUUCUUGGUGCCUGACUGUUAACUAAUCCUACGUCUUUUAUGGUGUUUUGAUCCCAUCAAGCACAAAUGCCCACAGCCUCACUGCCUCCUAUUGCCCUCUUAUUGCUCUAUAUUGAUCUUGCGUUGUUGGAUGGGAAUGGGAUAGCAGUAGGCAGUAGCCCAUGUGCGGAGCAGCCUUGCCAAGGCGCAUGCUCUCCCACUCUGAUGAGAAGGAAACUAAAAUCAGGAUCCAAGGACCAAAUCGGUGAACAAAUAAAUUCUACUGAUCUGUCUCGACCAUUUUUGUCAAGAGAAAUAUACAGAAGCUAGACCGACCCACCCAUCGAUCGAUGGCCUCCUCAUCGGCGUCAUCGUUUCCAGGCUCGGUGAUCACCAUGGCAUCCUCGGCGGCGGCGGUUGGCGCCGCGAGCUCCGGGGCGGCCGGCACGGGCUCGCCGUGCGCGGCCUGCAAGUUCCUCCGGCGCAAGUGCCAGCCCGACUGCGUGUUCGCGCCCUACUUCCCGCCGGACAACCCGCAGAAGUUCGUCCACGUGCACCGCGUCUUCGGCGCCAGCAACGUCACCAAGCUGCUCAACGAGCUGAACCCGUACCAGCGGGAGGACGCGGUGAACUCGCUCGCCUACGAGGCCGACAUGCGCCUCCGCGACCCCGUCUACGGCUGCGUCGGCGUCAUCUCUGUCCUACAGCACCAGCUCCGCCAGCUCCAGCAGGACCUCAGCCGCGCCAGAUACGAACUCUCAAAGUACCAGGCGGCUGCGGCGGUGGCGGUCUCGGCGUCUGUGGGGUGCAACGGGGCGCCGGCAAUGGCGGAUUUCAUCGGCAACACGGUGCCCAACUGCACGCAGAACUUCAUCAACAUCAGCCACUCCACGGCGAUCGGCGCGGGUCUUGGGUUCGGGCACGACCAGUUCGCGGCCGUGCAGAUGCUGGCCAGGAGCUACGAGGGGGAGGGCGCUGUCGCGAGACUCGGCGUGAACGGCGGCAGCGGCAGCGGCGGCUACGAUUUCGGGUACACAUCAGCCAUGGGCGUCGGGCCGGUGUCCGGCCUCGGCCCGCUGAGCGGCGGACCGUUCUUGAAACCUGGCACGGCCGGCGGGGACGAGAGGCACACCGCCGCGCAGUAGCCCCCUCCGUUCGAUCCGACAUCCAUCGAUCGAUCUUUGGCAGAUAAAAUGACCCGAGGACGUAUUCACUAAGCUGAAGACUGGACUUGUGAAAAAUGUCCUGAAGAUCGUUUAUGUCUACUCCAUUUUACGUGCAGAAAAAAGGAGUUAUCGAACCAAUUAGCACUGCUUGUUUAAUUUGUUGAUGUCUUUUGUUCCCUCUAUAAAAUUCGAACCAUAUAUGUAUCCCUAUAUAUAUAUAUAUAUAUAUAUAUAUAUAUAUAUAUAUAUAUAUAUAUAUAUUCCCAGCAGCCAGUGUGUGUGUGGUUUGAGGUUUGAUGAUUUAGUGGUGCUGCUGCUUUCUUGUCCAUUGGAUAUGCAAAAUGUUACAAACGUAGUGGUAUGAAAUAUGAAACUGAUAACUGCCGCUGGACUUUUACGGUUUUGCCUGGACCAUGUGCAUGCAAUUACAUUAGGAUUUCAAAUACACUAUGUUAUUCUGGUGAAA